AUGAACGCCACGACAUUGGGAUUGGCCGAGCGCGGCUCAUCCAUCGAUGCAGCCUCAUAUGGCAUCUACAUUUGUCUCUUCAUUUUACCUUUCCUUGUAACCUACGCCUUCACUGUGUUGGGAAACACCGGUUAUCGUGAUGGCACGGCGGCAAGAGAGCCACCCAAGGUCCCGUACUGGAUUCCGCGCAAGUUUGGUAAAGUCCCUCUUCGAAUAUUUGUAGGCGCAGAGCAAAUGUACUUCAUUCCCCAUGGCCAAACAAUUGUCGAACUCUUCAAGUCCUCUCGCUAUCUCACUACCAAAACCUUUGGCAUAAUGACUGUUCGAGAUGCAUUUGGGCUUCCUCAACCCGAUGUGGAGAUUUACGCGGGUGACAAUUCUGGCGUUGACGUGAAGCCUGCGCCGGGCUGGGAACAUGUUGAGCAAGCGAAGCGCUUUCACUUUGUACAACAUCGCCAGUUGAACGCUUAUCUUUCCGGAAAUGCUCUCAACGCUAUCAUUAGCAAGUUUACAGAGGGUUAUUCAGAUCAGAUUGCUCAGGACACAACGUUUCAAGAGGAUGGAUGGGUAGAGGUAGAUGAUCUCUACGGCUGGUUCAAGAAUCAUCUCCUUCGCGCUACAACGGUGGCACUGUGUGGCGAGAAGUUUCUCGAGCUGUCGCCCGACUUUCUCGAAGACUUUUGGUCAUUCGACUAUCAUCUCCCCAACCUGUUCAGAAGACUACCGCGAUGGGUCGUUCCUAAAAGCUACCAAGCUAGAGAUCGUCUUCUGGAAUGUCUACUCCGUUAUCACGAAUACGGUCAACAAAAUCUUGACUUUACGGAUCAAAAGCUACUUGAAAAGGAUUGGACGCCGGAAUUCGGUGCCAAGAUUAUGAGCACGAGACAGGAGAUGUUCAAGAACAUUGGCCUCUCGCCAAGAGGUGGCGCUGCUCUUGAUGUGGGUAUGAUAUGGGCGUGA